AUGGAAUAUCGUACUAUCUUGGAAUGUACAUUGGAAGAUAUUGUUACAGUACUGAAUGAUCCAGACUGGCCCGCAGCGGAACUCAUCUUGCAAGUGUUUUCAAAGAUUUUGGUGGCGUGUAUUGAUAGUGACACUGGUGACAGCUAUCUUCGGAUGAUGGCUAUUGAAUGGCUAGGAAUCAUUGUGGAUCGAAUUAAAACUGGAUAUAGCCAUGUUGCUGGCGUUCAAGGCUCUUAUACCCCUGAAUGGUUAUAUCAAUUGAACAAACUUAUACCGCAUCAGCUCGACGAACAAGGCAAAGCAGGUUAUCACUUAAUGGACUGUUGUAGAAUGAAACUUUAUCAAGCCCUACUGGAAGAAUCAUCAGACAAGAACAUAGCACAGUUUUACCUUAUGUCAUGGGGUUAUUCAACUACAAGUAUUUGGAGGACAUUCCAAGAAAGAUUAUUAGAUGAUUCCGAAAAAAACGACAAUCAAAACGAUACGGGUAUAUCUUCAGAUCUUGCUGCUUUCUUACAAUCAUCAUGCCACAGAUAUUGGUUUCUUGGACUGGAUGUGGAUUGCGCUAUGCCUGAUAUGACAAGAUAUGAUUUUCCUGAACUCAACCGUGAUGAUUUACAAAUGAUUGCUGAACUCCUGGCCACUCAAGUGAUUACAUUCCGGGUGAUGGCUCUUCGUGCCCUUGGUCAAAUCGCUGCCAAUUCUCCUGAAAUUUGGGAAGAGGUACAUCUACACAAGGCUGUAAUACAACGAAUAUAUGAUGUUUCUCCAAAAGUACGUGAUGCCGCUGUGGAACUUACUGCAAGUUAUCUUGCCAAUCAACAAGUUAUAUCAAGAAACUUGUACGAAAUCCUUAGUUCAAGAAUCAUGGAUACAGCACCAAAUGUUCGAAAGCGUAUAGUGAAACUUUUGCCUGAUUUAUAUUACAAAUGCGACGAUGAAGAUAUUAAAAUUGAUAUUGCAGCCAAACUGCUACAACGGAUGGAUGAUAACGAAGCUCCUAUACGAAAAUUGGCUCUCAAAUUGACCCAACAAGUACUUUUACUUCCUUUCCAUCAAUUCGAUCAGGAUGAUUCGGGGAAUCCAUUCAACAACUCGACAAAAAUCCGAAAGCAAAAAGUGACUGAUUGGACGAAUCUUAUUACAAGUACUGUAGCCAAAUUGGGUGGAUCUGCUUCUGGUCGAAAUAUGGUUUUGACUCGUUUUGUUCAGGAGACUCUGGAUAUAGCGGAUGAUAAGCAAAGGCAAAGGUACGAACGGAUAUUUCAAUGGAUCGUGGAUUGUCUUUUUGAAAAGAUGUUGACAUUUGAUGAAACUGGCAAGAACCGAGAAUUCAUCCACUGCAUGGCAACCAUUCACGCCUUUGUCAAAGCUUGCCCUUCUCUCUUGAAUGAUACUCAAAUUUAUACGCUACUCCCAUAUCUUAGUGUUAGUGAAUCAGAUGAUUGGACUAUUGGAAAAUAUGUCAUGGUUCUCUACCGUGAUGUACUCCCUCGAAUUAAAUAUCGUGAUCUUGAUUUUGCUCGUAUGGUGGAAGGUGUUCUUUUACAAGCGCUUGCUCGAUGUCCCAAUUAUGUCAUUGAAGAUGCCGCAUCCUGUCUGUGUGCAGUUGUAGCAAAUAUCUCUCAUCGAUAUCAAAUCUUGAUUAAAAUGCUCGGUUCCUGUCUCGCAAGUCUUGGCCAAGAUCAACAACACAUCAUCAAUCACAGAACUAUCCAAAGACCGACCAAAACAGCCAAAGCUCUUAUGAUCUGUGGAUUAUUAUGCCAACAUUUCGACUUUGAUGAGAAACGUCUAAAUGAAGGAAACAAAAUGGGACAAUUAGACGCUAUUUACAAGGGAAAAAUCAACUCAUAUGUAUUUGCAAAACUACAGUAUUUUACUGGCGAUAUUCUAGACAACAAAAUCAUCAACAAACAGAUCAAAUUGGCAGCUAUCAAGGCACUAGGCUCUUUAUAUUCUUCUCAUCCUACGUUUAUGAUGACUUCUCAGAGCACCGAUCUGUUGGACUCCAUAUUUGUACAAGAUGAUAUUGAUAUGAAAGUCCAAAUAUUGAAUGUUUUUCAAGGAUUCCUCACUACUGAAGAGACAAGAAUGCAAAAACGAUCAGAAGCUUCUGGUGCUACCCUUUACAACAAAGUUAUUGAUGUGGAAACUCUAUUAGGCAAUACUGAAGAAUUUGCUGAAUUAGGGGCAAAUGGAUCACUGAUGCAACGUUACUUACCAUCUAUAUUGAAAUGCACUCUUGGGUCUACCAAUCAACUCCGGCUAUCCGCUUUUGAUGUUAUAGAAACAGUUAUCAAUCAAGGUCUUGCUCAUCCUAUGAUGUGUAUGCCUGCAAUUGUGUCUGCUGAAACUAGUUCGGAUCUACCUCUUCGCAAUAAGGCUUAUUAUCUCCAUAUCUAUAUCCAUAACAAAUUUGGAAGUAUUCUUUAUUCUCAGAUGGAUGCUAAUCUGAAAGCGGCUUUCCGUUAUCAAGAAUUACUAUGUGGGAAAUAUAAUGUCAAAGGCUAUGGAAGACGAACUGGGGAAAACAACUCAGAAGACGCAUUACUGGCAGUAACCUAUGGAGUACUCAAGGAGAAAAAGAAUGCACGUAUGGAUUUUUUGAAUAAUAUGGUGAAACCAUUUAAUAUUGAUAUGAAAGAAGCAAAACAAUCAGAUAUAUUGGAUAUCAACUAUUUGAAGUUUUUGGCCGACAAUCUACUGACAUUACCGUUAACGACAUCGGAUGAACUUUUAUUUGUAUUACAUUGCAUGGAUCGGAUCAUCGUCACCGCAGGUGGAUAUACUUUGUCACUUGUUCAACAAUUCAAAAAGGAAGGUGUGAUCUCGACGCUUUCAUAUAUGGACGAUGACGAUGACGACGAUGACAAUGGAUUGGAUCAAGACUACGCCAUCACUGCCAAAGCUGCUAUUGCGAUGAACAUACUGAUACUGACCAAGGAUAAGUUGGUAUCACUUUACAACAUAGAUGAACAACAAAUUCAAAGUUAUGUACUCUAUGGAAAGAAUAAGAGUUACGAUAUCAUCAAGGAUACGGAAGAAAAUGGACUUGUGGAUUGGACAGAACUGGCCUUUUUUAGAUUGAACAAAUUGACUUCAUUUACAGCAUCAGAUGCUUGUCUAUCAUUGGAAAAACGAAUGGAUGAAUGCGAUACUUCUAGUCUCAUUGGUUAG